AUGCGUAAAAAAUUGCGAGGUAAGAAAGUUACACUCAUCAUGCAAUGAUUGCGCCAUGCAGUAUACUGUUUCCACAGGAAAAUUAUUCCAAAGUUUAGGCCCGCUAUACUUAUAAGUUUUUUCAUGAAUUCGCAUGAAAACUUUGCCAAUAUUUCUAAGGAUUGUUAGCACGCAAAAUUUCAAAAUUUUCAUCUCUGAUUACUUAAUUUCCUUGUCUGCAUGUAUGUAGGCGUCCCAGGAGUUGUUGCCGUCGCCAAGAAAUCACCUAUUAAAGAAGGUAUAUAUGAAUGAAAACUAUAACACAUGACUAUUUUUUAUAAUCAUGAAAUUUUAACGAUCACUAGCCUACUUUUAGCGAUUGCUAUGAUUCAAAAUUUGUAUAUAAUUUAUAUAUAUAUAUAUAUAUAUAUUUAUAUAUAUAUAUAUAUAUAUAUAUAUAUAUAUAUAUAUAUAUAUAUAUAUAUAUAUAUAUAUAUAUAUAUAUAUAUAUAUAUACCGGGUGUCCCAAAAAAAAGUACUCCGAUUUGAUUCGUAAUAACUUCUAAACAAGUAAAGCUUUUAAAGAGAAAUAACUUGCGUCAAAUAGAGGAAAGACUAACUUAGAUUUUGAUAUAUUACAGUUGUAUUUCACUUACAAAUUCACGGAGAUAUUAAUGUUUAAAAUCGGGAUCACAUUUCUGGAUGUGUCAGAAAUAUGCAAAAAAACGGCGUAUCAAAUAUUAAUCAAGAUUUGCCCGACUGAAACAUGCACUAUUACCAGUAAAUAAAUGACACUUGACAAAUUGUUUAUUAUGAAACAAAGUAUUAUUAUCUACAAAAUACAAGCAAGAUUUAUUCGUCCCAAAUCCGCGUGUGUUCCUAGCACGAAUACGUUUCCUUAUUUCAUGAGACCACUGCAUUGUGAAGGAUCGUCAUGUAUUGUUCGUAGUUCUGAAUUUAUAGGGUAUGCUGUCACAAUGGAAUUGUAAAUUUUCUAACUUCACAUUAAAUGAACUUUAUAACUUCUGCAACGUUCUGAAAUCUUGUUAAGAGCACCCAAACUCUUUUGCCUUUCUUAAUCUUGGCAAGUUCAGAAUAAACUGAGAAUGAAACACAAUCAAACCAUGCAAACAACUCCAUAAGUAAAGACAUAACAAUCAACUCCCCAAAGACAUCCAACACUUUUUUAACAAAACGUAACGAAAUAUAGCGCUAGCGUUGAUACUGUGACGUGUAUUUGCAAAAAGCAAUAUUAUUUCCUUCAUUAAAGAAUAAUAUUCGUCCUGCUCUGACCGAGAAAUAAUCAACUUUGCUUUGAACCCAUGAAAAACAUAAAAAAAUUAGGCUAUUUAAGAAAAAUUUAAGCGCCUGCCUUGCAUGGUCUUUCGUGUACCUUUAAGUUUGCAAAGACCUAUUAAAUACUUGCAUAAUUUCGAACGUUCAUAUUUCGCUGGAGUUAAUAUUUGAUAUGCCGAUUUUUGCUAAUUUUAGACACAUCCCAAAAUAUGCUCCCGAUUUUGAACAUUAAUAUCUCCGUGAAUUUUUAAGUAAAAUACAACUGUAACAUAUCAAAAUCUAAGUUAGUCCUUCCUCUAUUUAAUGCAAGUUAUUUAUGUCUGAUAGCUUUACUUGUUUAGAAGUUAUUAUAAAUCAAACCGGAGUACUUUUUUUUGGGACACCGGGUAUAUAUAUAUAUAUAUAUAUAUAUAUAUAUAUAUAUAUAUAUAUAUAUAUAUAUAUAUAUAUAUAUAUAUAUAUAUAUAUAUAUAUAUAUAUAUAUAUAUAUAUAUAUAUAUAUGUAUAUAUAUAUGUAUAUAUAUAUAGUGCAAAUAUGCCAAAUAUAAUUGCUUCUUUUACUAUACAGAUGGGGUUAAGUAUUAUGAUCCUUCCAUCUAUCGCUUAUGUGGAGAGUGGAUGUUAAUCAAUUGUGACGUUUUCGAUUGGGCUAGAACAAGUCUAUGGUUUAAACCCAAUGGAACCACCAACAUAUCCGACCUUCAUGUUGACAAUGAAAAGAUAAAAUUGGUUUCCAAGAAUGUCUUUAAUAUAACACGCUUGGUAUAUGACGAUAGCGGGCAUUACAUAUGUUCAAUCAUUACUUGGAACUCUAGCGGUAUUAUUCACGGGGAGGUGACAAGACAUCAACUCAUUGUACUGAAAGAAGGUAAAACUUGUAAAAAAAAGCUUUUCCUUGGCAGGAAAAACUUGUUUACGAGUUAACAGUGUAACGUCUGUCAGGGAAGUCGAAUUUGUGCUUUAUUGGCAAAUUUAAUCGAUUAAAACUAGUUUGUCGGCAAGAUUAAUUGAUGAAAUAAAACUUUAUCAAGAAAAAUAUCAGUUUCUGUCAUUUAUUUUUGUUUUAAAUUAAGUUUUUCUUCUAGCCCGGUUGGCCGGGCUGGAUACUUUACAUGAAGAAAUUUCAGCCCGGCUGACCGGGCGCACCGUUUGAGUCAAGUGGGAUCCCAUGCAGCCAAACGGGCUGGCCCGGUUGUCACUGAUGUAAAGUAAAAUUGUUUUGUGUUGGAAAUUACUAUGAAGCCGGGCGCCCAGUUUAAGCGGGCCAGCCCAGCAAACCGGGCUCAUGUAUAAACAGCCCCUAUAAUUAAACCUGUAUAAGCGCGCGUCCUUCGAAAAUGUAAGCAAGUGCCCGACAACAUGCAUACAUGCGUUUACAUUCUAUAGCAUGCGUUGAAAUAGGAUUUUGUUGCAAGCUCUAGCAUUUAGCAAUUGUGUUGUUCACGUUAUUCUUAUUUAGGAAAAGCUUAUAUGAAAGGUAAAAUUCAGAAGAAGCCAAAUGAAGCAUACUACGAUAUUGGAAGCACUGUUAACAUCUCAUGCGAAGCAGAAAAAAAUACCAAUUUGUAUGAAAUUAUUUGGUACAAAUUUGAUUCGCAAGGAUAUCCGAUAAAACUGAAAUCUGCACUCAAUGGACCUGGAAUCCUAACUCUGACGCUGAAUUCAUUGUCCGCGAAAGACUCGGGGAGCUACAAGUGUGAAGUAACUCGUCCCGAAGUUAAUUAUUACAACUCUCGAUUUAUCAAUAUAAGUGUUAAAGGUAGGCCUUUUAAUUAACCUCAUGUUAGAAACUACUGUUUUACAAUUUUUCGAGAGAACUUAUGUGAGAGUCAAUUGAAACUGAAAAAGACAGUGAGAAUCUGUUGGAUAGCACGUGGCAUGCUCUGUUCAACGCGCAAAAUUAAUUUCUUAAGGCCGGUCAUUGCAGUCGCUUUGCCCGCGCGGGCGGAGCGGGCUUUGAAAAUCUGCUCACACGGGCGUGACGGGCAUCAAAAACAAUGAACGCUUCGCCCGCGCGGGCACAGCGAACGUUGAUGAAAACGGCCUUAAGAGAGACCAAUUUACCUAUGUAGCUUUGCCAAGUAGGGCUGGGUCACCACAACAGCAUAUGCCACUUACUGUGGGCCCUUUUACCUAACCCACCCUGUCAACUUUCCCUGUGGGAGAAAACACACGACGUUCGGCAGAGCGUGGACUUUUUUGCUUUUUUCGCAUGAGGACUGGGUUCGAGUCGCAUUGAGAAAGUUCUCAUUGAGAUUUGAACCUACGACCUUAGACGUGAAAGGCAAGUACGCUAACCACUUCGCCAUCGAAACCUCAUUUUUGAGAUGGGCUUGUAUUAUAUAAUGAUUCAUUGUCAUUGCGUGCUCGAAUCAUAAAACAACUAGAACAAACAACACUUUCAUUUAUUUGCUGACCUAUAUCGGUACAAGUUAUUGUUUUCUGAGCCAUCAAUUUCACAACAGAUAAUGCAGAUGCGAGUAAAAUUUUGAAAUGAUGGUUUAACUCACAAUUAUAUACAGUAUAUAUAGCUAGAGACACCUACAAUUAUUCGUUUAUUUUUGACAGUAAAACCCGAGAUACAGUUGGCAAAAACGUAUCUCUUUACUGAGAAAGGGAUGAUAAUUAACUGCUCAUUGAAGAAUGCUGAUGAAGUCAACCCACCGCAAGUGAAGUAUACGUGGUUUUCGUGUGACAGCGCCAGCUGUGAUGAAGAAAGUGCAAAAUUGAAAAUUGACUCAUAUUCCUUACGACUGAACAGUCAGGCAAGAGCUAUCAUGAAGUAUCGAUGCAUAGCCCAAAAUGCCGCUGGAAGUGACUCUAAAAUCAUUGAAGUUAUUAAGAUAA